CGAGGGCUGCUGGGCAGGGCUUGCGGAGGGCGCCGCGCGUGUGGUGUGAGGGGAGGGCUGCCCUGGAGCCCGCGGGGAGCCGCCCGGGAGAGACGUGAGAGGGCAUUGUUUCACAUACAUGUUACAUUGUUGAACCUGAUCGAUACAGCCGUCCCGUGGCGGGUUUUAAAUGCAAUAGGCAUGUGCCAUUGCCUUCCUGAUGUAAGAGUCACGAAUGUCAUUGCAUCAUAAGACGAAGCCUCCCAGAAUAGAUGCAUACAGAGUUGGCAGCCCUAGGAACAUGCCCAAGAAAGGAGGGAAAGGUGCUGAUAGAGGAAAGGAAGAACAUGUACCAUGUAAACAAACAAAAGUGGGAGCAGGUUGUCCUCUCUCCCCUGUGAUAUAUGACAGCCCAGCCAGUGUCUUUGAAAGCUUAAUCUUUCCCAUCAAGGAAGAGGAAUUCUUUAGGGAGUAUUGGGAACAAAAGCCACUGCUCCUUCAGAGAGAAGACCCAUCUGUGGCCGCCUACUAUCAGUCUCUGUUUCAGCUGACAGAUCUGAAGGAGUUGUGCAGCCAGGGUUUAUACUAUGGCAGAGAUGUUAACAUUUGCAGGUGUGUGAAUGGAAAAAAGAAGGUUUUGAAUAAAGAUGGCAAAGUGAGCUACCUGCAGCUGAAGAAAGACUUUGAUCAAAAGAAGGCAACUAUCCAGUUUCACCAGCCUCAGAGAUUUAAGGACGAGUUAUGGAGGAUCCAAGAGAAGCUGGAAUGCUACUUUGGCUCUUUGGUUGGCUCCAACGUUUACAUUACCCCUCAGGAGGCCCAGGGCCUUCCUCCCCACUAUGAUGAUGUUGAGGUGUUUAUACUUCAGCUGGAAGGAGAAAAACACUGGCGGCUCUACAAACCUACUGUUCCCCUAGCUCGGGAGUAUAGUGUUGAAUCGGAGGAUAGGAUUGGGAAUCCAACACAUGAAUUCACGUUAAAGCCAGGUGACUUGCUCUAUUUUCCAAGAGGGACUAUCCACCAAGCCGAUACUCCUCCUGGUGUUUCUUAUUCUACUCAUGUGACCAUCAGCACCUACCAAAACAAUUCUUGGGGCGACUUCUUGUUAGAUGUGAUUCCUGGGCUCGUGUUUGAUACAGCAAAGGAAGAUACGGAGCUACGGACAAGCAUACCUCGGCAACUGCUUAUGCAGGUGGAUAUAGCUGACUCAACACAGAGAUUAAGCAGCUUCCUGAGAAGUCUUGCAGACCGGCUGGAAAACACCAAAGAAUUGAGAUCAUCUGACAUGAAGAAGGACUUUGUUCUGAACCGGUUACCACCUUUCUUGGGGAGCAGCACUGGUCCCCUCACUCCAGGUGGAAAACUACCCAAAUUAGAUAGCAGAAUCAGACUGCAGUUCAAAGAUCAUGCUAUAAUUACAGUGGAACCAGAUCAAGAGAAUUCUGAUGAGUGUCGCAAAGAGAUGAUUUAUGUCUAUCACUCCCUAAAGAACAGCAGAGAAAUGCACAUGAUGGGGAAUGAGGAGGAAGAUGCUAGUGAAGAUGGAGCAGAGGUGUAUUGAAGAGAGAGAGAAAAUUCCACUGGAUCACCUCUCAUAUCAGCACUGGAUCCCAGGUCCUCAUGAAAGAAGAGAGAAAAGAAGUCAAACUGAAAAUAAAGGAUUGAGAUGGGGCCUGCUAGAAGAAAACACUGCAGCAGGCAAGACUUGCAUUUGAUGAACACAUAUAUGCAUAACAGUUUCUAUAUUUAGGAAAUCUGGAUACACACGUUAUUAUGGAUGUAACAUUGCCUUACAAAACCAAUGAAACUGGAACUAAUCUGUUCUGUACAACCUGAACGCUCUACAAGGAACCUUCCUAACAAACAAGUUCUGUCACUGGAUUUCACAAGUCUUGUUUUAGUUUAUGAGAAUGUACAACGCUGCUUUCCAUCACUUGCAUGUGCUCAGUCAAGAUCAGUAAAGGGAGCUCAGGGUUGGCUGGGAACGGUGGCUCUAGCUAAGGAGCAGUUGUUAUUCCAUCCCAUAGAAAAGAGACAUACAAAACGGAGUCUUGCCAAAGUACAAAGUUUUAAAAAAUAACAGCAUGUAGGAAAAGAGAUGGCAGAAAGAUAAUAAAUACAUAAAUAAAGUCAAGGUUUCAUAAUUCUGUACUUUACAUACUGACAAAGGGAGGAAGGAAGGUUAGGAAAAUAAAUGACAGCCAAGAUCUAAAGCGAUCCCAAACCACUUGAUCUGGCACAUUUAAGUCAGGAAAAAAAAAAAGAAGUAUGAUCUGAAACAACACAAUGAAUAAAAUCUUUGGCAAACUUAACCUCCAAGCACAUAAAGGCUUCCUCAUGAAAGAGACCACGGUACAACAGGAAAAUAGCACUGAAGCUAUUAUUUGAGGCAACAACGGUGGAAAAUUCAAUAUUAACUGUGUUUCCUUUUAAAUGCAGUUCAGUACUAGAAAUGGUGUUAUUAAAUUGCAAACAUACCAAAUGUGGAGGCUCAUUCUUUCCAAACGGUUCCUGCAGCAGAAAAAUAACAUAAAUAAUUAAAUUAUAAUUACUUUCUCAACAGGCAGUAAAAUCUUUGAAAUAACACUUUUCUAAUUUAAGAAUUGUGGAGCCAGUGUGUACUGGACUGCAUCUUACUGAAUGCCCCUGGGCUUCCAGAAGCCUCCCUUGUUUACGCAUAAAACUUGUAUUAAUACAAGUCACUGCUUAGAAACUAAUUUUAAAAAGCAAGUGGACUCCUGUUGUGUGGACUCUUUUAAAUGUAUGUCAGAGCACUUAAUUCCUUAGCCAGAGAAUUUGAGCAACAGAGGGAAGGACCUAACCUCUCACAAUGCAAUGUAGUCUAAAGACAUAAGAUUAAACAUGCUUUGCUUCCUUUCUA